UUUUUUGGAUUGGGAUUUUAUUGAAUGAGUGAAUUGGGUUCUGUAUAAUUAUUAAACUUGAUUGAUAUUGUGAAAGCUAAGUUUGUGAUUUUGUAUGGAAAGUUGAAACACGGGAGAAUUUUGCAUAGUUUGCCUUGGUUGAAAUUGAUUGCGUGUGCUCUCUGCCCAUGAUGAGUAUAAUUGAAAUUUUAUCUGGAAAAACUGGAAAAGAACAAAUUGUUAAUGAACUUGGUUACUAAAAUUUUUUAAGAUUGUGACGUGGAGGAUAGAUUUUGGUGGUUCUGUUAAACGGAUAUCAGAAUUUCUGAAUCGUUGGGGAAAUGCUGCUUGUGAAUGCAAUUGAAGAAUUGCUGGUGUGUCUACUGCAUGAAAUUUGUUGCUGUCUCUGGACCGUUGUUGUGUGGUUCAGGAUGUGAUUAAGAUGCAAUCGGUCCAGCAUUUGUUGGAACCUGUUCUGGAGCCAUUGAUUCGCAGGGUGAUCAAAGAAGAAGUUGAAUUGGCUCUUAAAAAACAUUUAGCUAGUAUUAAACGAAGUAGUGGGAAAGAAAAAGAUUCUUCUGAAUCCAGAAGCUUAAAACUGCAGUUCUCAAACAACCUCUCUCUUCCAGUGUUCACUGGAGCUCGAAUUGAAGGAGAAGAAUGUUCUGCCAUACAUGUGGCUUUGAUUGAUAUUCUUACUGGGGAAAUAGUGAACUCUGGCGCUGAAGCUUCUGCUAAGGUGGAAAUUAUUGUCCUUGAAGGUGAUUUUGAUGGUGAUGAGGGUGAAAAUUGGACACAUGAUGAGUUUAUGAAUAAUAUUGUCAGAGAGAGAGAAGGAAAGAAACCUCUUCUUGCUGGAGAUGUGUUUUUGAAUCUAAGUGAAGGCAUUGGUAUAGUGGGUGAAAUUUCAUUCACAGAUAAUUCAAGCUGGACAAGAAGCCGCAGGUUCAGGCUUGGGGCAAGAGUUGUGGAUAAGUUUGAUGGAAUUAAUGUAAGGGAGGCAAAGACAGAAUCUUUCAUUGUCAGGGAUCACCGUGGGGAAUUGUACAAGAAGCACCAUCCUCCAUCUCAGUUUGAUGAGGUGUGGAGAUUAGAAAAGAUUGGAAAAGACGGGGCUUUCCAUAAGCGAUUGAGUAGGGAAAAUAUCAACACUGUGAAGGAUUUCCUAACUCAGCUCUUUAUCGACCCUCAAAGGCUUCGGCAUGUUCUUGGCACAGGUAUGUCUGCUAAGAUGUGGGAAGUAACUAUAGAACAUGCACGGACUUGUGUGCUUGAUAAGAGAAUGUAUUUGUAUUACACUCCUGGUUCUCAACAGAAAUAUGGUGUGGUCUUCAAUGUUGUGGGACAAGUUAUGGGAAUACUUUCAGAUUGCCAGUAUGUUCGUGUAGAUAAGCUGUCUGAAACUGAGAAGGUUGAUGCUCAAAAUUUGGUAAUCGCUGCAUUUCAGCACCCUGAGGAGGUUAUCUCUUUUGAUGAUGAAGCCUCUCUUGUGGAUGGCUCUUCACACUUGUCCAACCUUCCUUACUCCUCAAAUUCAUCCAGGACAGAGAAUUCUAAUGGAAGCAAGCUUUUGGCUUCUUCGCCCAAGAUGGGUGGAUUGGAUUAUGCACAGCCAAACGUUUCUUCUCCAGAUAUCAUUUCAUCUAUAUAUUCUGUGGGGAGUAUUAGCAGCUUGGAUGAUUAUUCCUUGCACAGUAUUGAAAAUAUGGAUCUUAGAUAUGAUCAGACAUUGAGUUUCGCAGGCCAAGUCUCCAACCCUCUCAUAUGUGAUGCUGAUGCCAUGACUCGAGCGUUCUGUGAUGAGGGUCAUCUGCGGUUUUUUGAUACAGAUCUUCAGUCUCAGAACCUUAGUAUGGAAGCACCAGCUGAUUUACAAAGUGCUCUGGAUGGCUUCCUUUUGACACGUUCUACAGCUAUUGCAGUUGACAAGGCUCAGAGGAGAUGGACAAAGAUCUCCAGUGUAUUGAAAUGGUUCUCUGUUAGGAGACUUGUGGCUUUAAAGAAGACUUGUGUUCGAGAAAUUCAUAGAUACUAGUGGAAUACGCACAAGGUUAUCAUCACAGUGGCGAAUAUAGUAUUAGACAUUGCUGGCCGAGUAAGACUUUGUGCAGUUUUGGAGACAAGUUGGUGUCAAAAGUUGUAGACACAUCUAUAAAUCUUGGUGCUGCCAUGGAGUUUAGGAAAUCUUUUCUUUUGACAUCAAACUGUAUAUAUGUAGAUGAGAUGCACUGUUUAAAUUGAAGUCUUGAAAUAAAAGAGUGCAAACUCCUUUACUGCUUGACAUUAUGUAGCUUUCGUGUUCUUCUAUUUUAUAUGGGAGUUUGUUCAAUAAAAGGAAUCGAGGCUUUUGAAUCUUCA